CUCGACGAUCCGGCACCCCACCAUCGUCGCCGAUCCUCUCCCGCCACGUCGUCCGUCGUUCCGACGUCUUCUUCAGCAUCCCUCCAUGCUCCUCGUCAGGCGGGGGUUGCUACCGGUCUCCUAGUGACUUUCGUCGUCGGGGGUCGCGUGACACGUGCGUGAGAAAAUACCGGUCUCGGGUCUCGAUUCCGACCGAUGUGUACGACAUACCGAGUGGUUCCACAUCGACCUCGCGAUCGCGAAGGACCCGCUGUCAGAGAAACGGCGGCGAUCGACGGCACGUACGCGUCGUAUCCGACGCAUCCUACAGUAACGCGAGAUCGAAGAUCGUGCUGUACUUGGUGAUCCAUCGUCAAGUUUCCGUCAUCGGCAAGUUUCAUUGUGUCAUCAGCUGUAGUGGAUUUUCUUCGGCAGAGUUUCAACAUUGGUGCGCGCUCGGAACGAUUUCCGUUUAAGUAAACGGCGGAUCUCUGAGAUGUCUUGUGGUAUCCACAUUAGAAAUCGCCUUUUCCGCCCUCGAGUAUCUUAACUUUGCUUCCAAAAACGGUUCUCGUUCUUCGAUCGCGACGCUAGCAGCGACGUCAGAAACCACUCACGUUAACAGUGUAAUACGACAACGAAUCUAAUCAUCUCGGAUCUCAAACCGCGGGUUUAUGAAAAUCUUUCAAUCUUUUGAGGAUACAUUACGACAAUCUCCUAAUCAUAAUCGAUUUUCUUCAUCGUGUUAUCAUCACAUCCUUUCCAGUUCGCCAGUAUCGCCAUUAUAUUCGUAUCGAUCAGCAUCGUUUCACAUUUCUCAUCUUUUUUCGUAUCGUAUAAUCGAUAGACGUUCUAUCGAUAAUGUUGUAUAAUAUAUUAACGUUCCGUAAUUCGCGGAUGUUUCAUUGUCGCUUUUGCAUUUUAUUUCACUUCUCUACGUACUCGUUGGCAAUGUUUGCCAAUCCGCGGAUUAGCGGAUAAAGGAUACAUAAAGGAAAGCGCAAUAUAAUUAUUCUCUUUUUUUUAACACACAAAAAGGAGGCAUGACGUACGUAUCGGAGUAUUUAGAGAUCAGCUUCGCGGUGUCACAUUAUUAAUUCAAAGAGAUUCGUCUGAAAUAAAGCGUACGCGGCCCGGUAGAUUAUAAAAAGCCUUAGAUCUAGGAAGCAAAGUGGCGCUAUAAUUGGAUCUGGUCCAAUGGUUUCUCCUUUUCAACCAGUAUUGAAACGAUACUGGAAUAUUACGAAAAAAAGGAAGAUAUUAAUCGCUUAACACAGCACUCGCAAACUAGCAUAGAAUGGGAUCAUUUUUACGGAAAUGAUCGCGAAAAGAGAAAAAUAGUGAAGAAGACUUGACUUGACUCGAUUAACCGAUCUGUAAGCUUAGCAAUAAUAUUUUUUAUUUUCUUUUUCGUUUCAUCGUCUUUAAUUGAAUGAAGCUCACGAGGAAAAAAGUUUUGGAGAAUUGUUUUUACUGAAUGCGCUCGUUCCUUUGUGCGUCAACUUUAUUCGCUGCAGAUUCGACUUCACUUUAUUUACUCAUUAUUAUUUCAUCAACGUUGUUAACACUCGGUGUUCACUGAAUGUGAUGACACGAUACCUUGUCUGAUCUACUUUCGUAUUCUUUGUACGUGUCACGUGUGAAAUAGCAGGACGUAACACACACACACAAACAUCAAAUUAUAAUUAUUAUAAUUUAUUAUUUAUAUCCAUAUUUAGUUACAUCUAUAUUUGAUAUUUUCUUUUUAUUUCCUUUGAUAGCAUUGUAGAUAUUUUAAAUAAUUUUUUCUUUCUCUUUUUCAAACUGCCUUUUUCUCCCGACGAGGUUUCUACAGCUCUCUGAAACAGCUGUCGCUGUACUCUAUCCUGAUUUCUCUCAGAUGUUUCAUGAUCGUUAAUUUGAGUGAUCGAUAAAACCAUUCAACGUCGCACUUUCGCGUUUGUUGCAAAGGCAGAGGAAAAUCGAGAAGAAGAAGCAAAAGUAAUGGUUAUGAUUUUAUAAUUUUCUUGUAUAAUAGUUGGGGUAUAGCUGAAUAAGCUUAUUUUAAUGCGUUUAAAAGUGCAUAUAUGUGUGCGAUAUACGUUGCACCAGGGCAAAAGAAUUUCGCGUAUUGAAUAAGUGGAGUAAAAGCGUGAUUCAAUAUUUUCCGGCUCGUGGAGACAUAAUAAAAUAGACUAUCUAUAAUAUAUACGUUUCCUUAUCCAUUUCAUACAGUACAAAUGCAUAUCAAAUAACUUCUAGCAUAUUUAAAUACAGAAAGAAGCUUUGCUAUUGAAUAAAAUAAAUCAAGUAAAAUAAAGAGUAUACGUUCACUCGUCGGUUCCUCGAUGAAGCGGGGAACUCUUUGGACCGAACAAGCUAUUGUAUUAUAGAAUGGCGAAUGGACUCGCGAGCGUCAACGCGCGGGUGUAGUUUAUGAUAAUAUUUAAUCCGGUUAUAGUAGCGAGGCAAAUAUACAUAGAGCACACUCGACUCGGGUAGAAACCUCGUGGUUGGUGUUUCAGUCGAUGAUUCCGUUCCGACUGUGUGUCGUUGUCGUUGACGAUAAUCCAGUUACACCCGAGCUGCGAAUGUUACGCGGUGACUACGACGACCUGUGCUGUGCGUUUCAAACGAAUUUUUUGGGAAUUUGCGCUCGGUCGCGGAAUGUGUCAUGGAAUGAGUGAGCGUUCAUUUUCCGCGAGUGACACUAGGAUUUUGUCGCGCGGAUUAACACCGUACACGUCGUCUCGUUCGCUCAUUGCAUUGUGAUUUUAACGCGAUUGCUCACUGACGUCGUCAGCCACAUUCGAUGUGUCGUCCAUUCAUCUAUAUCAUAUGCCGAUGUCAUUCAUCGACAAUUUCUCCCAUAAUCGGGGUUUAACCCGCUAAUCAAGAGGAAAAUCUUUUCUUCGUUGAUGCAACGUCAUGUGUCUCGUGAUAAUCAGAAAACAUGAGCAAAACACGCUCUUAUUCGUACGAUCGAACACUGACAUUGUUAAAAUAUUAACGUUGCCGAGAUCUUGUUGCAUAAAGUUGCUUAAUCACAAUUCUCACACUCUCAUUAUAGGAUUAUAUUUACAGUGAUCAGAUUAGAAAUAUGAUGAAACAGUUAAGCACUUUAUACCAUCGUGAUCCUCCUCGAUCCAUGUUAUACCAUGAGUGAGUGAGUGAGUGAGUAUGUGUGUGUGUGUGUGUGUGUGUGUAGGAUCUUGUUACGAGUAUAUAUUAAAACUUUAUUAAUCGCGAUCAAGCGUUCCAUUCUCAGACCAUCUCGGUGACAUUGCAGAGUUAGGAAAGUGCUACUUCACGUCGAGACUCUUCAGCUUUGUUCUAUUAAGACUUGCACAUCCAAAUGAUUGGAGACAACAAAUUCUUGUUUUGUUUGUUUUGUUCGAGGAUAAUUAAACUAAACAAUUCAACAAUCUUUCCCCUUUAAUGUUUUCAAGAAAAUUCGUUCCAACGACAGUUAAAACGUUAUACUCGUUUGUCUUUUUGUUUUGGUAUUAAAACAUUAUCUAUAGAAUCGAAUACGAAAAAGUAAAAGAGGAGGAAAGUCCUGGACUGGAACGUGUAAAACGAUCAAAUGUAAACGUAAGCGAGAAAGAACGCAUAAGAAAUUCAAAUAUCAUUUCGAUCGAUCAGCUAAGCUAGCAGAGCGUUUUACAGCUUUCCUUCGAGUUUUCUCGAGCGAUCGACGUACACAUACACGCACACACACACACACAACAGCUCGCAAAUUCCACUUAUGGCAUAAGCUUUAAGCUUACAGAACUCGUAGAAUUUCAAUGCAUAAGCAAACAGUAAUGAGCGAUAAUAUAAACAAUCAUCCUUACGACUCGACAAACUAAUCGCCAAAUGACAAAGUAUCAAUCGAGGUGAGUCAUUGAAUUACGUUCAAGGUGUUUCAAGUUUGUGCGAAUGAUCGAAAAGUGAAGCGCUAUCAAAGAAUGGAGAGGAAUCGGAGAAAUGCAAGAUCACACAAACGUGGAAGGACAGGAUUUGCGUUGCCGUGCAAAGUUUCCUCUUGAGGUUUGCGACGUGCCUCUGAAUGCGAAUUCGUGCGCUAAACACAAGUCCGCCGAUUGAUCACGAAUCAGCAAACAAAGUGCCGUUGGUGAUAUUUGCCGGGCAAUGAGCAGAUGUGCUUAAUAUAAGUUUACCAAUUAACGUGAGCACAGAGCGUAUAAACGCGCGCUUGUAUCUCCGCGUGACAUUUCCAUCCAUCUCGAAAUUUCAAACGGAACGAAAGUAAACGGAAGUGAGAACUUGCGGAUCGAACUUGCCAGUUGCAAAGGUAGCCGACAUAUCCUGGAACAUCGGCCAAACGAGAGAAACCUAGAAGAACCACAGUUCAUAGGAAAAGAGGGAGGACGAGGAGAUAGGAAGUCACGUACGCUUGUAUUUUUGCACUCUCGCGGGAAAUCAGUAACCGAGGAGAGAAGCCAUCGAGGACACCGUUGCCAUUUUUUACUGCGGUAGCCGACAAAUUGAUAACGAGUCAAUCGUCAAUCGUUGUACGAAGACGAUCAUCCGAUUUCGUGAUGGUCAAAAAGAAAAACGGAGGCAGGAUCGAAACACACUGAAAGCAUCGUACACUUGAAAGCGAUUUGUAACAGAAAGAAAGAGAAACCAUCUGAUGCCAUUCCCUUCCUGGACAUUUGUUAUUAGUGUUUCUUUUAAUUACACUCUAGGGAAUUAUCUCCAAGCUCCAUGGCAGAUUUAUCAGCAUACUUUCUCACGUUGUUCGCUGAUCGAAGAAAGAGCAACUCAGUCGUCGCGCAAAGACGACGAGAAAAAGGAUAAGAGGUUUGCUUCUGGCAUCAAGAUAUGAUCGAGAAAGUACAUCAAUUAAAAGAUACAUUAAAAUUGAAAAGAUCCAAAAACUAAAGAUCAGAAGAUCAAGGAGCAGCAAAAGUAUCGGUAACGCGCGAACGUCACGAGAAGAGAUAUAAUUCGGUAAAAACUCUGCGUCUUUCUUAUCCGUUUCCGUUUUUCCUUCGGAAAGUUUCGGCGCGGCAAUUUAUCCGCGCGCCGCCUUUUACGGUGGCUUAAAGAUAUCACGAGGAAUCCAGAAUGCGUCUCGACCCUCGCAGAGUUGUCGGGAGAAUCAGGCCCUUUAUCGGGAACAGGGAGAAAUGAAGUUAUCAGUGUCGGCUUACACAGCUCAGGCCAGUGCUCACAAGAAUCUCUGCAGCUAUCAGCAACAGCGAAGCUACGGAGCCACCAAUCAGGCGUUCACGGCCCGGACCCCCUCAGACCUCGCAACAGUCCUUCCUGCCUUCAAGGUGGAUCGGGCGGAGAAGGAGGAAGGACAGGGAGAGGGUGGUCUGGCGCCGUCUUUUGCGGGUUGCAGCGGUGCUUCCGGAUCGAGGAUGGGCCCUGGGCCCGAUUCUGGCAGCAGCGCUCCCUCUUCCGUUCCACAAUCGCUGGCCACCUCAAGAGACGACGAGGACGACGAAGACGAAGAAAGCAGUGGUAGGCGGUCUAAUGGUCAUGGAGGAUCGAGGUCAUCGGAGAUCCAUCGCCAGCGACACGCUUCCUCGAUACAUCGUCGACGACGCUUGGAGAAUAAGACGGCUGGUGUGACCUCGACCACUUCGGAAUCACUGGAGAGCUACAUCCUCGAUACAGAGAUACCAGCAGCAGCCAGAAGGCCCCGUAGCACGAGGGGUUCGCAAAAAUGGAGUAACGUACGCGCAGUCAUGGCGUUAUAUUCCUCUCUACGCAAAAUUAAGAGAACCAAGAGCAAUCAACGGUGGAUGAAACUGCGUACGACGGUGCAGUUGUCAUCCGCAAUCUCCACGAUCCAAAAGAAGCCACCACUGAAGCGCGAGGACUCGUUCUUGAAGAGGUUUUCCACCAGACAAAUACCGGAGAGCCAGGAGACGCUCGAUACCGGCGAAGGCGAGGGGGACGCGACCGACAAGGAAGCGGGUAACCGGCGCCGCAGGCGACCCCGUAAGCCCCAGAAACCGCCCAAGAGCGUGGUUAACCCUGACGAAAACUUUUACUACUACUGGUUGAUGCUACUGUCGGCCUGCGUUCUCUACAACCUCUGGACGCUGAUCGUCCGUCAGAGCUUGCCGGAGCUGCAAGCUCUGGCGCCUGCCGCCUGGCUCGCCUGCGACGGUUUUACCGACGUGAUCUUCUUCGUCGACGUGGCUGUGCAGUUUCGCACCGGCUACUUGGAGCAAGGCCUAAUGGUGUACAACAGUAUGAAAUUGGCCGGUCACUACCUCAAGUCAAAGUCCUUCGUUCUGGAUCUAUUGGCACUUCUGCCGCUCGAUCUACUGCAGGUGAAUCUCGGCAGCAAUCCGAUGCUGAGGUUCCCCAGAUUCCUCAAGAUCUAUCGGGUAUACAAUUACUACUAUAUGGUGGAGUCGCGCACAGUCUACCCGAAUCUCUGGCGUGUGCUGAACCUUAUUCACAUACUGCUCAUACUGGCGCACUGGUUCGGCUGCUUUUAUUACUUACUGAGCGAGGCCGAGGGCUUCCAGGGCGACUGGGUGUACCCGUACCGUCCCGGCGAAUAUGCCACCCUGACCAGGAAGUAUCUCGGCUCCCUUUACUGGUCCACCCUGACGCUGACGACCAUCGGCGACUUGCCAACACCGGAGACCAACGCCGAAAUUGCGGGCGGCAAUCCCCGGAGCCUCGCUCGUCGCGGCCGACUGUCCCGGCUUCUGCAGUUCAAGAAUAACGGAGGGUACGUCUUCACGAUAAUCAGCUACUUGAUUGGCGUCUUCAUAUUCGCGACCAUCGUUGGCCAAGUCGGCAAUGUCAUCACCAACAGGAAUGCGAAUCGUCUGGAGUUCGAGAGGCUCUUGGAUGGUGCCAAGACUUACAUGAGGCAUCACAAGGUACCGGGCGGUAUGAAACGACGAGUACUCAGAUGGUACGACUAUAGCUGGUCGCGCGGCAGGAUCCAGGGCGGCGGUGACAUCAACACCGCCCUCGGUCUACUUCCGGAUAAGCUCAAAACCGAGCUGGCGUUACACGUCAAUCUCUUGGUGUUGAAGAAGGUCACUAUUUUUCAGGAGUGUCAGCCGGAAUUUCUACACGAUCUCGUUCUGAAGAUGAAGGCCUACAUUUUCACCCCCGGUGAUUCAAUAUGUCGGAAGGGCGAGGUCGCUCGUGAGAUGUUCAUAAUAGCCGACGGUAUUCUGGAGGUGAUCAGCGAAACUGGCAGAGUCCUUACGACAAUGAAGGCCGGGGAUUUUUUCGGCGAGAUUGGUAUACUCAAUCUGGACGGAUUGAAUAAACGCACAGCUGAUGUUCGUUCGGUGGGUUACUCUGAAUUAUUCAGUCUUUCGCGAGAAGACGUACUGGCGGCGAUGAAAGACUAUCCAGAAGCACAAGAAAUCUUGCAGAACCUCGGCCGGAAGCGUCUGAUGGAAGCGCAAAGGGUUGCACGAGCAGCGCGACGGCCCACGUCUCCCGGCCACGAUUCCUCCGAUAACAGCACCGGCAAGAGGAUUGUCGAUAAGUUGAAGAGUGACGUGAAGGGCUUAAAGAACGUUCUUAGGAAAAGCAGACGCAAUACCCGACCUGAGGAGAGUCUGGAGCUUCAACCGUUGGCACCAAAGGCGCCAACUCUGAGAAGACAACAGAGAAUCGACGAUGGUCAAGAUCUGUCCUUACCCAAUAGCCAAGAGCCAGUAUCGCCAUUAGGCGCCGGUCUUCCUCUACUGUCCAGGCUUAGGCUACUGAAAGAGAAGGAGGAGAGAGAAGAACGACGUAACCUGAUGGACACUGCGAGUCACGCGACGGAACGACGCGAAUCGCUGCAACGACGCGAGUCACUGCAACGACGCGAUUCACUGCAACGACCACCAUCCUCGGAGACUUUAAAUCCCACUAAUCCGAAUCUACCAUUCCUACAGAGGAUACUCCUGCUGAAAGGGAAGAACGAACAAGAAGUUGUCCAAAUGGAAAAGGAGGUACACGCAAAGGAACAUCUCUUGCCCAAAAACACUAUUCCCGAGGAACCGAGCGUGCAGUCCGACGACCAACCAUCAUCGGGUAGUCAGACUGGCAUCGCAAUUUCUACGAUCUCGGAGGCUGGCGAGGAGGCGCGAGGAGCAAAUAUCAAGAAGCCCUGGACCACCUUAAAGAAUGCGUCGCUGACCACCAAGGAUAAUUCGCCACAGAGAAGUUCAUCAUCCUGGAAACUACAACAGACCAAGAUGUAUGCCUCCGUUGACGAUCUCUCGCCGGAAUACUGCGGUCUGCCGUUUGUCAAAAAGCUCAAAAUCCUUAACGAGAGACAAAAGCUGGCCGAGUUGGAAAAAGCGGUCAGGAGUUCGUCCCUCGAUUGCGGUGAGAACACCGAGCCAGAGUUCGACAGCAACCUCACGAGGAGCCAUUCGGAGGCCUGCGCCAUCGAGUAUGCCAGAAAGUUGGCCAAGCUUAAUCAAGAUCGACAAGCAACAGCGUCGCCGGAGCAAUUGUCGCCGGAGAACGAAACGCUGGAGAGGCGAAAUUUGAAGAGCAUCCUAAAGAAAUUGUCGGCCAGCAGUAGGGCCGGUAGUAGUGAAACCUCUGUCACAAGUACGCCAGAUCGUAAGGCCGCGACUGCCGAACUGAAGAGGCUAAUGAGAGCGCCGACGAUUGAAGGAUAUGCUGCACGACAUUCGAAAUUGUCCAAGAGCGUGACGUUUAAUAAGUACACGCUGCAGAGCCCGCCGUCCGAGCAACCCCUGCAGCCGUCGAACUAUUCGUUGUCCGAGGUCCAGGAUCAGCCGUCACUGCCACCGCCCAAUAAACUUAGUUUCCGUCCUGUAGGCAGUGUCGGUAAUAUUCUGCAAGCGGUGUCUCGGCCGCGGGAGGAGUGCCUGGGCGACUUGCUCUCCGGAGUCGGCCAAGUCAUCAAAAUGGGCCUGGAGGACAUGCAAAGCAAAUUCGAGCGACAAUUUACGUCCUUAGAGUUGGAGGUACGUAAACGCGACGAGAUAAUAUCGCAACUGCAAGCGCGGAUCCAGCAGCUCGAGCGACGGAAGCUACGCGCCGAGGAUGAUUCCUGCGGGGACAGCACCGAGCACGAUGCCUCUUUGGAAGAGGAUCUCGACGAUGAUCGCGAGGACCAUCCCUUCAUGCGAGACAGCUCCGUGGACACUGUCUUGACUACGCGGUCACGCGAUCUGCAUUCGCGCUCGUCGAUGGGCUCUAGCUCGCGUAGCAGGCGAUCGUGGGAGGAGCACUCGGAGAGGGAAACCCUGGAGCUACAGGAGCUGCCGAAUUCGAUAGUACCGCAGAGGCUGUCGAUGGAAGACGUGGCCAUCGAAUUAGAGUCGAACAGUGACAGCAGAUCGGACGAGGAAUUCGACAACUGCGGCCGAAAAGGCGAUAGCGACGAGGGCGACGAAGAAUAUGACGAGGAGGAUGAGGAUGAUGAUGAGAAGCUUUUGCGUCAAGACGGCUACAACAACUGGGAGGUCGCUCUACUGGCAAAGCAGCUCGAAGCGAGGAGAAGAAGUGGCGACAACGCCAGCCCGGGUUCCUAGCGCAUUAACGAGAUUCUAGAAAUACUGUGUUACCUCACGAACACGAUACGCUCUGACGGAUGGUGCAACCCGCUAACUGGGUCCGGUAGUGCAGCUUUUUGCGAACACGAUCAUCGCCCGUACUUACAGUUAGAUUUCGAUAGUAUGACUAGCUGCAGUGAGACUAUGAUGUAGUCUGAUCACAGGGUGUUGUACAACGUCUUUUUUUAAUCUAUUUGAAUUUAUUUCUACUUUAAUUCUUUUUAACUCGAAUCCUAGCGUGUCUGUGAUAGACUUCUACUUCACUUUUAUACGUUACGCGUUAUCGUUAUUAUCAAAAAUCAUCAACGAUCAGUUUUACAAUGAGUUUUCUACCUGUUUUUCUGGCCGGUUGAUUUAUUUUAUUCUCUUAUAGUUUUACUAUCGUGCACAUUGUUUCGUCACACCAAGCAUAACUAGCUCAAAUUGAUUAACUUGUUUGCAUUCAUUGAAUUGUAAAUAUUCACAGGUGUGCCUGACAAUGAGAGGAAAUAUUAUACUUGGGAUAUAUGCAGAACUUAUAUAUGAGCAUUCUAAUUGAACAUACGAGAUACCUCAAAGAUACCUAUGUACCAACGGUAAAGAGUUGCAAUCUAGAAGGAGCUUCUUAAAUGCGAAUUUGAGAAUUUUCGAGAUGAAAACUUGAAAUCUCCCUGAACUGUAAUAUCAACAAUUGUGUCCGAAUAUGAUUAGAUCCUGUACUAUCGAAAGUAUUUGUAUCAUCCUACCGCAUUUUGUUGGAAAUAUUUUCGAGGAUUCUCUCUUCCCCAUUACACACAGUCAACCAUAUUCCUGAAAAGCUGCACCACGAAUAAACGAAGUUAUUCGGUUGUACAAAACCGAAGAAAGAAUAAAAAAAAUAACUGUAGAAGAAAACUAAAAGAGAGAUAAAUAUACUUUGAAAAGGGAAAAACCUUAAUGAGAAUAUAUUACGUACGUAUACUGACCAGACCAAGCUCAAUAUUUCUAGAGUCUUUACAAGAUACGUCUAUUAAAUGACGAAUGACUAUUAAAGUAAGAAGAGAGAAACUAUAUUAAGAUCUUGUACAUAUUAGUCGAUAAUUUAUUUAUUUAUGAGUGAAAGAACAAGAGUGAAAAAAAGAAAGUAGGCGGUAUGGCGGAAGAAGAAGUAGGAGAUAUACGAGUAUAAAAGUUAGCGCAAGAGUGAAUUUUAUUGGACUACAAGGGAGAGAGCAUUUUAGAUGCUGAUACAUUACUUACUCUCUAUGCGGACGAAAGGAAUAUACAAUAAAGCAAAUGUUUUCAAACA